UGGGAAGGAGCCGGAGCCUGGGUACCACCGAUUAGAUCCUCAGGCAGGGAUGUGCUGACCGCGGGAAGUGGAGCGCGGGGCGCCUCCUGGCCAACUCUUGGGGCGCUUUGCUUCCAUCCCUCCGGUUUUUUUUUUCUUUCUUCUUCCGAUCUCUCCUUUUUCGCUCCGAAAAUCCAACAGUUGUAAAAGACUAACUGUUGAUCGCUCCAGCAAGGCGAGGCGCGGAGCAAAUAAACCGCAAGGGUUGUGGACGCUGACAUAUUUUGGCCAUGGACGUAUUCAUGAAAGGAUUUAAUAAAGCUAAGGAAGGAAUGGUAGCAGCAGCAGAGAAAACCAAACAAGGUGUGGCGGAAGCAGCUGGGAAAACAAAAGAAGGAGUCCUCUAUAUGGGAUCAAAGACCAAAGAGGGCGUGGUUCACGGUGUCACAACAGUGGCCGAGAAAACCAAAGAGCAAGUGUCAAAUGUAGGGGGAGCUGUUGUCACCGGAGUGACAGCCGUAGCCCAGAAGACGGUGGAAGGCGCUGGAAAUAUUGCUGCAGCCACCGGCUUUGGCAAGAAGGAUCAGUUGGCCAAACAGCAAUUAUCCCAGGUGUAG